AUGGCUGGUGAGGACAGUUUUAUAGUGUUGGUUCACCACAAAGGAUCGAUUAAGAGAAAAACUCGGUCAGGUGUCAAGUUCAUCGAUAAGGAUCCUCUCUGUAUUAUCAAACUUGGUCUGGAAGGUGUUAAACGGGUUAAGAAGUUUUUCUAUCGCAUUCCAAUCACGGUGCUCCAAGAUACCGUGAAAUAUGAUUGCUUCACGAUCGGGAGUUAUGAGGACCUGCAGGUCAUGUUUCUUUGUCGCCGGCAUUUUCCCGAAGUGCGGACACCGGAGCUGUUGGCAAAGCUGGUUGAUGUGGUGUCCAACUCAGGGGGUUCGAACCGGAAUACCAACACUUUAGUGACGGUUGCCGGUUCUAGCUCAAAUCCUGCCUUUGCAUCUUCCGCAGUCCCUGCGUACGAGCCACCCGCCCCGCCUGUCGCCUCCCCUUCGUUCGCUGUUGAUCUCAACGACAGUGUUGGCGACGAGGUUGGAACAGCGGAACUUGUACCUACCUCUGUACACUGUGCUGCACCGGCUGGGGCUGGAGAUGAAUUGUUUGAUGAUGUAGAGGACGAUGAUGUCGAGCCGGAUAUGAUUGCUGAUGAUAGUGCCGAUGAUAUCGGAGCCAGUGAGCCUGCCGGUGCCGGUGAUGGCUCUAGCUCUGGCACACAGCAAUACCCUCCACAUUUUUUAUCUUUAGACCUGGAUGCCAUGAGGCAGCCGGGGGUACCUUGCGAGGUUGCAGGAUUUGGCGCAAGAGAUGCAAAAGGGUCAGCUGGUCUGACAGAGUUCCAGGUUGGUCAGCAAUUUCAGGAUAAGGAGGAUGCCCUGUUAAGUGUGAAGACUUACAGCAUCCACCGAGGUGUACAGUACAAGGUUGUGGAGUCUGAUUAUCGCCGUUACGUUGGCAAGUGUUCUGAGUUUGGGAAUGGGUGCACAUGGUUGAUUCGGCUGAGUCUCCGACAGCGCAAGGGCAUAUGGGAGGUCAAACGGUACAAUGGACCGCAUACUUGUCUCGCCAGCUCUAUCUCCAGCGAUCACAGGAGUUUGGAUUAUCAUGUGAUAUCGGCAUUUAUUAUGCCAAUGGUUAGAGCUGAUGCAUCCGUUAGCAUCAAGGUGCUCCUAAAUGCGACUGCCUCGCACUAUGGGUUCAGGCCGACCUACAGGAGGGUCUGGAUGGCGAAGCAGAAGGCUGUUGCGCUCAUUUAUGGUGACUGGGAUGAGUCUUACAACGAGCUCCCAAGGUGGGUGUUAGGAGUGCAGGUGACGAUGCCUGGUUCUAUUGCAGUUCUUCGGACUAGCCCUAUUCGAGUUGGGGGACAGCUGGACGAAUCUAAGGCAUACUUUCACAAACUGUUCUGGACUUUCCCACCGUGUAUCGAGAAAUUUCGUCAUUGCAAGCCGUUGGUUAGUAUUGAUGGGACCCAUCUAUAUGGCAAGUAUGGGGGUACUCUACUUGUUGCGAUUGCACAGGACGGGAACUCCAACAUACUCCCUGUUGCAUUCGCACUAGUCGAGGGUGAGAAUGCUGAGUCUUGGUCAUUCUUUCUCUCCCACCUCCGUCAGCCGUUACACCACAGCCGGGUCUGCUCGUUAUCUCUGACAGGCAUAACAGCAUCAAGGCCGCCCUUGAGGCUCCCGACGGGGGCUGGCUACCUCUGGCUGCAUAACGAGCUUUCUGCAUUCGUCACGUAG